CCACCACAAUUUGUUGCAAUAUUCCAGCCCAUGCUGGUCCUUAAGGUAUCUCUCGAUAUGUCACAUAGAGGCUAUUUUUGUCGUUUAACGUAUAGAAUAACCAAGACUAGUUUCUUUCCUUUUUUCAGGGUGGAUUAAGCUCUAGCUAUAAAAAUCAUAUUGAAGAAAAUGGCUUGAAUGAUGAAAACUAUGCUUCUGAUACUGUUGGCCUUUUCAGGAUAUCUGGAACUUCUAGUCAUAACAACAAAGCAGUUCAAGUCGAUGUUCUCUUUAGUAUUCAUUUGGCAUGGAAAACAAAGUACCCAUGAGCAACAGAACUUAGCAGCAAAGAUUGUGGAAUUCUUGAAGCCCAGAGCAACCGUGAAACACACUAAGGAAGGAACAGAAAGCUCAGCUUUUUGGCUUAGUAUUGGAGAAAAACAAGAUUAUACCAGCAACAAAUUAGCUCCUUAAGCCACCAGGGAACCUCACUUGUUUUCUUGUUCUGUUAAUAGAGGUGCAUCCUUCUCACCCUUCGAUAUUUAUCCCGAAUGAGGAAAUUUUUCUCUUCUAAUUGUCUUUAUCAAAUGAUUUCAUGUUAACUCGUGGAUGUCCAGGAAAAUUUGAGGUAAUAUCUAGAGAAUUCAGUUAAAACUAAAAUUAAAAUUUCUUGUUGUGUAUAUCAAACAGGUUAAUAUUUUCUAUUAAAAUAACAGGUUGAAGAAAUCUAUAACUUCACUCAAGAUGAUUUGUUGACUGAGGAUUUCAUGGUUCUCGACACACAUGCUGAAGUUUUCGUUUGGGUUGGUCAAUCAACAGACUCCAAAGAAAAGGAAAGUGCUUUUGAAAUUGGACAGGUAAUACUAUUUAGUGUCAUAUGUAUCUCAUAUAUUGAAAGUACUUGUUCAUUUUCAUUUUUGCUCGAGUAAUCGAAGAAGUUGAUCACAGAAAUAUGUAGAUCUGGCUACAUCUUUGGAAGGGUUAUCCUCUUAUGUUCCAUUUGUAUAAAGUCACAGAAGGAAAUGAACCAUGCUUCUUUACAACAUUUUUCUCAUGGGAUCCUGUAAAAG